GCUCAAACUUCAAAGUAGCUCAAAGCCAUAUGUUCCAUAAUUCAAACGAUGCUGCGUAGAAAACCCAGCCAAAUCGAAGUCAAAAUCGAAGACAAAGAAGAAAUCGAAGAAGCACGCAAACGCACCACCACCUCCACCUCCACCUCCGCCGCCUUCAAUCCCACCGGCGCCACCUCUCUCCUCCACCACUUCAACAAUUCCUCCGCCUCCGCCACUUCCAAAGCCCAACGCAUCGGCCUCCAAUAAUAAAUCUUCUCACUUUCUUAUCCUUUCUUCUUCACUUUUCAUAUUUUACAACAAUUUGUGUACGGAUCCAAACCCUAACCCUAAUUCACCAUGGAGGUCGAAGUGAAGCUCCGAUUACCCGAUUCCAACACCUACAAAACCCUAACUUCUCUGCUAGCCCCGUUCCACGUCAGAACACACAACCAGCACAACAAUUUCUUCGACGGCGCCGCCGGAGAACUCUCCGGCCGCCGUGCCGUCCUCCGCAUCCGCUUCUACAACGACCAACCGGCUCGUAAAUGCAUAAUCUGUCUCAAAGCGAAAGCCGUUUUAAUAAACGGAGUCAGUCGAGUUGAAGAAGAUGAAGAAGAAAUUGAUUUUUCAAUUGGUGAAGAGUGUUUAGCAAACCCUAAUCGAUUAGGAGGUUUGGUGGAAAGUUGUAGGAUUAUGAAGAGGGUUAAGGAUGAGUUUUUUGGGGGGAAUGAUAAUAAUGGGGAAUUGGGGUUGGUGUGUUUGGGUGGGUUUAAGAAUUUGAGGAAUGUGUAUGAGUGGAAAGGGUUGGUGAUUGAAGUGGAUGAGACGAGUUUCGAAUUCGGGACGUUGUAUGAGAUCGAGUGUGAGAGUAGUGAGCCGGAGAAAGCGAAAGAGUUGAUUGAGGAGUUUUUGAAGGAGAAUGGGGUUGGGUAUUCGGAUUCGGUUGCUUCCAAGUUUGCGAUUUUUCGAGCUGGAAAGUUGCCGUAGUAAGUGAAGGGGCCAUUGGGAUCGACAUGUUAAAACUGCUUAUAAGGCAGUUAUGCAGCCGCUUAACCUUGGUUAUAAAAAGCGAGAAGCGCACAAAAGCGACGAGGUCUAAAACCGUGGCGUGAAGCGCAAAGCGCAAAAGCGGCAGGCUUUUCGUACCCAAGGCGCAAAAUGAUUAUAUAAUUUUUUAUAUAUAUCCCAUAGGUUUUUAGCAUCUCUUAUCCAAAAUAUAGCUAUAAAUAAGGUUUGUAUAUGAUUUUACCUAUAAGUACAAGCCAAAAACUCUAUUGUACAACAGUUUGAUGCUUAAAAACAGCAUAGAAACAGCCUAUGUACAUGAGGCGCGCGCCUCAGAUCUGAAAAACCACCCAAAUUUGCGUUUUUGGGGGCUUUUUGUAAAAAACGCGCCUCGGGCUACCUAAGGUGCCAAGGCUUGCGCCUUGAUGCGCCUAGGCGUGCCUCAGGCGCGCUUUCUAAAACCCAGCGCUUAA